AUGGUGCGCAGCUCUGUUCAGACUCAUCUCCUCGUCGCCGCGAUUUUGUCAUUCCUCUUGCUCUGGCUGCGCGCCAUCCUCGGCGACUCCGCUGGCUUUUUCAGCACCCCGGGGCCCGACUCAGCGCCCACUAUUGCUACUAACAACCCCACUGCUGCCGCUGCCGCCCAAGACGAUCAAGGCCAGGAUCAGAAACAGAAUCAAGACCUUGGCCAUGAGAGCAGCAGCAGCAGCAGCAGCAGCAGCAGCAGUAGCAAUAGCAUGUCUCCCGCCGCCGUAUCCGUUGCUGACAUUGCCUCGUCGCUGCUUGCUCAAAGAGACCUUGAGCUCAUCUCUUGCAGAACGAUCCAAUCUCUCUGGGCGGGCUAUGGCCACAUCUGCGCCGUCCAAGCCGCACCAGGCCGACGAGGAGCAGGAACAGGAGAGAAGAGCACGUCGUUGAUCCUAAAGUAUAUCUCCCCUCCAACCUCGGCCGACAUCACCGAUGAGGGACACAUUCGCAAGGUGCUGUCCUACCAGGUAGAGCAGUACUUUUAUACGCAUCUGGCACCUUUGCUGCCCGAAUCCGUGGCCGUGGCAGAGUGUAUCGCCAGCAUCAAUGACGGCCAGACCACAGCAAUUGUGUUGAAGGAUCUCAAGUCGUCGUCGUCGACUCCCGCCAUCAAGCCACUCACUGCCUUUCCAGUGGCCCUUGAGAAGCGCGGCCAUCUCAACUCGGAGCAGGUCUUUGCCGCACUCGACUGGCUGGCCGGCUUUCACGGGUAUUCUUGGAACACGGCCGUCCAGAUUCGUCAAAGGAAUCACGCCCUCCAACCUCCUCUCGAGGAAGCCGCAAAGCAGCAGAGGCGCAGUGUCUCCAACAUUGGCAGGGCCAGCUCUUCACCAGAAGAGCGGGCGCAGUUUGACGUCAAGGGGGUUUGGCUAAACGGCGGCUAUACCUAUCUUGCGACACGGCGCAGAGAAUAUGAAGCCCUGGCACGCGAUGACGACUCUGAAUGGUCUGCUGUACUGUGCUCGCCUUCGUCCGGGGGCGGCCCAUCGCUGGCUGAACGUGUGGCUACGUACUUGGCACCAACCAUGAACUCGUCCAACCCAGGCCCAGCGUUCGAGUACGAGACCCUGAUCCACGGCGACGUCAAGUCGGAAAACAUGUUUGCUUCUGCCGACGGCCGCAGCGUCGCGUUCGUUGACUUUCAGUAUGUCGGCUUCGGCCUUGGUGUCUGCGAUCUGGCAAAGCUGUUUACGUGCUCGGUGCCCCUGUCCAUGCUUGUCGGAGGUCACGACGCCGAUGAUGAACAGCUGGAAGGCCAGGAGCUGGAGAUGCAGCCGGGGGAGUCACGACUACUUUCAUACUACCUACAGGCUCUCAAGGCCGUCAGCGGUAGAGACUACCCUUGGGAUUUGUUCGUCAAGCAUUGGGAAGUAGCCCUUGUCGACUGGUUACGAUUUCAGGCCAGCUGGGGGUUCUGGGGCAAUACGGCGUGGCUGGAAGCCAGAGUUAGAUAUAUCAUCAACCAUACCGACAUUUAA